UGACCAUACCAUAGCCCUGAAAAGCAAAGAGUCUAUGCAAUUCAUUAUCAGUUCUGUAUCAAACUAUAUAAAAAUCUGAAUAGGCCUGUGCCUUUUUUUUUUUUUUUAACACUUUAAUGUUUUAUUCUGUGUGGAAUGACAGCAUUUUGGUGCACGUGCACUCGUGAGGCAUACGACGUGUGGAACUCCACCAUUAUUUCGUAAUUAUAAUCACCAUCUCAAGCAAUGCUCUAGCAUUUUGUUUUCGGGGGUUCCAGAGAAGUGACAAGAAUAUAGACCCCUCCUCUGAUGGGCGGAGCGUGCAUUUGUAUUUCGAUUUUGUCCUUUUUUUCUCCAGCUCUUGCUCUGACACGUUUGCACUGAGUGAGUGGCAUUGGCACACUGUCAAUCGCUCACUACCGCUGCCAUCAAACAACAUAAAGCACACAGAGGCAGAGGCUCCCGCUCAUAAAUUUCAGCAGGCAGAUAUUUUUGCGCAUCGCUUUACAGCGUGUAGCCUAAUUAAUUUCUCGCUGUUCUUUUUUCUAUAAUUUUUACACUAAUGCAAACAUAUAUAUAUAUUUUUAAUAAUUGCAAUACAUUUACAGGUAGCAGGUAGGCUUACUAAUUUACUACCUAAGUGUUGUAUUUUGUUCUUAAUUAUUAUUUUUCAUUCACUUGCUUAUUGUUUAUUUUCACUGGAUAUUUUGUUUCCUGCUGACAAUAAUGGGGAUUUGAACAUUUUCAAGAGGAAUUGCACGAGGAAACAUAAUCAAAAGAAGACGGCUAAUAAAUGACAGAUCAGCAAGGAGCAAUCAUACACAACACGUCAACUCAAAAGAGAAAGACGAAUUGACAAGAGGACUCGUGCAGGAUACGAGGGACAGCGGCUGUCAUUUUGACAAAUAAGUUUUGAACAAUUAUAGCUUAUGCAUUUUCGGAAAAAAACAUUCAUACACACACUUCGGACCGUGCAUAAAGAAGGAAGAUUGCAAGAAAGUGAUUAACGUUACUUGGACACGCGAUAUUGAUACCAUUACUGGUACUCACCUAGCCUAUUUAUUUUUCUUAUAGGCUACGCGUAAGCGCUAUAUCAUCAAUAUACAGCUCUCUAACGCAACGCAUGUUGUAAUUGUUUUUUUGUAUGUGAGUUUUUCAAGCCAAGUUUCCAUUUGUGAUUCUGUUUCGGCUGACUAUGGACGAACAAGCCCGGAUCAUGCAGGCUCUCGGCGGUGUCAGCUUGGCUGGCCACUCGAUACAAGGAGGCAUGGCACUGCCGCCUCCACAUGGACACGAUGGGAUAGAUGAUGGGAGAAAACAAGAUAUCGGUGACAUCCUGCAUCAAAUAAUGACCAUUACUGACCAAAGUCUGGACGAGGCGCAAGCAAAAAACAGGAAACAUGGACUGAACUGCCACAGAAUGAAACCUGCACUCUUCAGCGUCCUCUGCGAGAUCAAAGAGAAAACAGGCCUCAGCAUCCGUGGUGCCCAGGAGGAGGACCCUCCCGACCCCCAGCUCAUGCGCCUGGACAACAUGCUGCUGGCGGAGGGCGUGUCAGGACCAGAGAAAGGGGGUGGAUCUGCCGCUGCCGCCGCUGCAGCCGCAGCCUCGGGCGGGGCCUCAGACAACUCCAUCGAACACUCAGACUACAGAGCCAAACUCACCCAGAUCAGACAGAUAUACCACACAGAGCUGGAGAAAUACGAACAGGUUGGUGCGUGUAACGAGUUCACCACCCAUGUGAUGAACCUGCUGAGGGAGCAGUCCCGCACGCGACCCAUCUCUCCCAAAGAGAUAGAACGCAUGGUGGGCAUCAUCCACCGCAAGUUCAGCUCCAUCCAGAUGCAGCUCAAACAGAGCACCUGUGAGGCCGUCAUGAUCCUGCGCUCCAGAUUCCUUGAUGCCAGGCGGAAAAGGAGAAACUUCAGCAAGCAGGCGACGGAAAUCUUGAACGAGUAUUUCUACUCGCACCUCAGCAACCCAUAUCCCAGUGAAGAAGCCAAAGAGGAGUUGGCCAAAAAGUGCAGCAUUACAGUAUCCCAGGGGGUGGGAAGCACCAUCACAGUAUCACAGGUAUCCAACUGGUUCGGCAACAAGAGAAUCCGGUACAAGAAGAACAUAGGCAAGUUCCAGGAAGAAGCUAACCUGUACGCUGCUAAGACUGCAGUAACAGCAGCGCAUGCAGUGGCCGCCGCAGUGCAGAACAGCCAGACCAACUCCCCUACCACACCCAACUCCGGAUUCCAGAUGAAAGAUGAAGAAUUUCAGCUGGACUCUGCAGAGAGCAAAAACACUCUUUUAACCAACAUGUUUACUGGUUCUUCAGGUUCUUUUAACCUCCCAAACUCUGGGGACAUGUUCUUGAGCAUGCAGUCUCUGAAUGGGGAUUCUUACCAAGGGGCACAAGUUGGAGCCAAUGUGCAGUCACAGGUGGAUACCCUGCGCCAUGUUAUCAGUCAGACGGCAGGAUACAGUGAAGCUCUAGGGGGGAACACUAUGUACAGUCCACACGGCUUGAAUGCUAAUGUGGGAUGGCACGAUACAACCACUCCAUCUGCUGUAAUCUCCCCAACAGAAGGACCUGGAAGUGUGCACUCUGAUACCUCAAAUUGAUCUCUGUUAUCGAUGCAUCUGAUCCCCAAGCUGUAAAGCCUGAACUUUCACUGACUGACCAACCAGAGAGGAUAAACAAAACUUUUUUUCAGAACUAAUUGUCUUCUGCAUCUACCAGAGUCCUCACCCCCCUCGCAAUGACUUUCUACAAUAUGGACACCUGAUGUUUUCUUGGUAGUUCAGUGAAAUCGUCACUCAAACUUCAUCAGUCUCAUGAUUAUAAUUCACCAUUGCUUUAGUUAUGUUUGUCAUUUGAAGGGGUAAGCACGUACUGUACAAAUCAAACAAGACCCAGAUCUUUAUUGUGUAACAUUCAUUUCAAUUGACAAUUGAUUUAAGAAAUAAUGUUUCCCAAGCUGAAAUUAUUCCCAGUGCUGAGUGUAUGACAUUAUGUGUUGUCAUAGGUAUUCUAAAACGUUUUGGUUUUGAAAUGCAAUAUAUAUAUAUAUUUCCUAUCUUUUUUCUUUUUUGAUCAGUCAAUUACCUUGACUCUUGGUCUCUUACCGUAUAUUGGCUAACAAUGUAGCGGUUCUAUCACUGAAUGCCAGGAGUGAUGUUUGUCUGUAAUGUUGUACAGCAACUAAAAAAGGCUCCCGUUGUAAACUCACUGGCAGCUUGGGAGAGUUACUUUCAAUAUUAGUUAUGCCUUACAACCACCAGUUUGAAAUCCAUUAGCAGUCAUUGACAGUAGAAGUUCAUUGACAAUGGUAAUGGGAUAACUCUGUAUUUUACAAACUUGGGACAUAUUUCACAGUUAUCAACAAAAAUAGCAUAAAAAGACUAGAGUGAUUGUCAAGCAUAGAAAAGCAUGAAAGUCAUGUGAUAUUUAAAUGUGUUUUUUUGACGAUGGGUUGAAAUAGUCAUGGGUCUAACCGUAAAUCCAACCAGUUAUAGCACUUCCUUUUGGCACGUGACAAGAUACCAGUCACACAAAAUGUGUUGUAUAUAAUAUAGCUUAAGAGUAUUUAUACAUCCCACCAAUCAAUACACAGAUUUAUUACCUCAUUCAAACUCAUAGAAACCAAUAGAUUUUCAACAUUUCUAUAGCUUAGAGUGCUCAUUUACUACCUCUAAACAAUAUCACUACCAUCGUUUUUGUCUUUUUAUUUAACAUUUUUAUUUAGUUAUUUUGAUUACAUCUUGUAAUAAACUCUUUGUUUUUGUUCAUGUAAUCUAAUGUAUAUUUUAAUCUUUUAAGAAAAUAAAGUUGCUUUGUUGCAACUAUAAAAACACAAAAACAAGAAAAUUGAUGAUGUUAACAAUAAUAUUAAUACUAAGAAUAGUGAAAACAUUCAAUUUAAAAGAAUAAGAGGGAGAGGUGCAAAAUUGUUGGUUGGUGGAUUUUGAGGGAGGGAUGGGAGAACGUUGGUCAUAAAUUAACACCAAACAGUAAAACUGUUGUAAAUACUGAAGAACAUUUUAAAUGUUUCUCAUCUUGUUACUAAUUCACACAAAAAAACAUUAUAAAAACUGUAAUGCAUAGAGGUUUCAGUAUUCAGAACUCUACAUUUCAAGCUCUGUUUCACAGGGUUCAAUCUUUCUUUGUCUUUUUUUGUAUUGUAUGUGAUUCUGAAACAGAUAAAGUCAAGACAAAUUAUUUGUGGCAGUGAUUCUAAUGUAUUAAAAAUGUCUAGUGUUUCUUUCUAACCAGACUACACCCUGGACUGAAAAGUCUUUCUUGUGGUAGUUAUGUGUAAUUUCAAACAUGAAUAAACUUUUUGCUUUCAA